AUGUCGAAUAUUCAAGUCAAAAAACUGAAAUAUGGAGGAGAUGAGAAGACUCCCAUGCAAACGUGCACUGCAGCACGUUGCCCACUGUCCACGAAUCUAAAUCAAACCAAGACGAAGUUGUCCCAGUUAGUUACCGCUCCAUACUUAAAGGAAAAUCACCAAAUCAUUGGGAAGACAACGCUAUUCCAAGUUAGCGGAAAUCUGCCAACAUUCAAAGACUUCUCUUCUCAAUCAAAGGCCACUGGAAGUCAGCCCAUCUAUAGGAUCAAGCGUGGAAGCCAUGCCCAUGUGGUCAAUUAUAUGAUCGCAGACGAUUUUUUGCUGAAGAAAGACAUGUUCCAAAAGAUGAUCCUAGAUGCCCAGAGGGAGUGUGCCAUCCGCGAGUUUAAUAAGGCCAUCCCUGCCACCCAGCAAAAAAACAAAAAGAUAUUGUCAAGCCAUCAACAGCUCCUGCUUCUUCAAGACAUGUUCCUAAAGAGGAUUCUGGACGUGGCCUUAUAG